GAUGUCUAUUCCGGUCCGUGCUGUGCCGAGACGCUGCGAACGCAGUCGAGCAGGCAGGCCAAAUUGGUCUACGGCCGAGGUGGGUGGCAUGUGCAGAGGCGAGAGGACAAAGACUGCCAGAGUGCGAUGAGUGCGAGAUGAGUGCGAGAGCAGUGAUAUGAGGCGCGAAGCAGACAGCCGUGGGCCGAGUUCCGUCGAAGCACAGUACGUCAAUUCCGCGGCUGGCGGAGAAUCGCAGAGUACUGGAACGAGUGCCACCAGCCUUGAGCCGGGACGUGAAGCGCAAGGCCCGAGCCAGGCCCCCGGCGCCGACACCCCGCACAAAGCCUGCGGCUGGAGCAUGCGCCUUCCCGCCCACGCCACUGCCCACGCCACAGGCCGCGACCCCAGACUCGAGCUCGGAGUAUGACGCUGACGCUGACGCGGGUCGGAGGUAGACUGAAUGGAAAAGUCAGGAUCCGAUAUGGUUCCGGGGCGGUGGGGCUGGGCUGGCUGGGGCUGGUCAUGGCGAGUGUAUUGCUCGAUAUUGCACUCAUACAGCGAAUAAUGCGCACAAACUGUACAUGUACGAGCAGCAGGACGCGAGUAUCCGAAAGCUGCUCUGCACAGCUGGCCGCAGCAUCAACAACUAGAGCGAGGACGACGACGAUGGUCGCCACAGAGAAAUCUGGGGCCUCCUGUCGAUCUGGGGGGUUGUUCCAUCCCUGAUAAUUACGCCCUGCCAUCCCUGAACGAUGGCACGCAGCAUUUCCUCGCAGCUCUCGUCAGCAUCAAUGCAGCCAUCAUAGCCAUCAUCUCGUGGCGCUCGUCGCUCGUUGCCAGGUAGACUAGAGGUCUCGAUCUGCAUCUCCAUUUCUCUCUUCUCU